AUGUGUGAAGCUGGGUACCCCGCAGAGCACGUACUCACCCCUCCUUCCCCUCCAGGCCAGCGGCAGCCGGAGGCUCAGCCCGUCUUCCAGCAAACUCCUGCAGUAACGCAGCUCCUGAGUGACCGGCACACGUCCUCCGAAGGCGGGAAGCAGCCAGAGAGCUGUGUGAGCCCCCUGCAAUGUGAGGAGAGCUGUGUGAGCCCUCCAUGCUGUGAGGAGAGCUGUGUGAGCCCCCUGUGCUGUGAGGAGAGCUGUGUGAGCCCUCCAUGCUGUGAGGAGAGCUGUGUGAGCCCCCUGCAAUGUGAGGAGAGCUGUGUGAGCCCUCCAUACUGUGAGGAGAGCUGCAUGAGCUCCCUGCGAUAUGAGGAGAGCUGCGUGAGCCCUCCAUGCUUUAAUGCUUGGCUGAACCAUGGCUUAGCUCUACCAGUUACAGAAAAACCACAGGUCAACCUCCCCCUGGCAACGGGGGAGUUGCUGCCAGAUUUGGUGGCAAGCGGAUUCAAACACUGCGAUGGCCCCCGUUGUGGAGAGCUGUGCCUCGCUGCCUGA